GAGAGCUAGUAGAGAUCAAGGUGACUUGCUUCAACAGUGUUUGAACGGAGCCUUUAGGUCUACUCCUUCCCGGUUUGCAAACGCAACGCAUUUGUGCAUUUUCUCCACGUCUUGUUUGUCUUUAAACCGCAACCCGAUCUGCAAUGGAGUCCCAGAUCCGCCAGAACUACCACCGGGACUGCGAGGCUGCAGUCAAUCGCAUGGUCAACAUGGAGCUGUUUGCUUCUUACACCUACCUGUCUAUGGCUCACUAUUUCAGACGGGAUGAUGUCGCUCUGAACGGCUUUGCCAAGUUUUUCAAGGAGCAGAGCGAGGAGGAACGGGAGCACGCCGAGAAGCUGCUCUCCUUCCAGAACAAGAGAGGAGGCCGCAUCUUCCUGCAGGACAUCAAGAAACCCGAGAAGGACGAGUGGGGCUCUGGGCUGGAGGCGCUGCAGUCGGCGCUGGUGCUGGAGAAGAAUGUGAACCAAGCUCUGCUGGACCUGCACCACAUCGCCACCGAGAAAACCGACCCGCACAUGUGUGACUUCCUGGAGACCCACUACCUUAACGAGCAGGUGGAAGCCAUCAAGAAACUGGGAGACCACAUCACCAACCUCAAGAAGAUGGGAGCUCCCAGCAACGGCAUGGCAGAGUACCUGUUCGACAAGCACACCAUGGAGGGCAGCAGCUAAAUCCAGCCCGGGGAUCCAGCCACAACAGCAGGCUUAAAGCCAAAGAAUUCAAAGAAUCUGUCUCUUACAUUUCAAAAUUGUUUUUUGUGAUCCUGCUGUCUGAGAGCUGAGACUGUGUUUGUUUUACAUGGGUUUAAAUAAUUACAAAGUGGACCAAAAUAAAAAUUACUAAGCAUGAA